UCCCGUUGCGGGUGCCGGGAAACCGGCAAUGCUACAUACUGACAAUUAAUCCAGAACUGAUCUACUAACAUGAUACGGUGAUGUUGUAGCCGCCUCUCAUUUACCUCUGAGCUAGAGGAAAUGUAGAUGAUAUUGUUCUUUUCCUUUUCCUUAUGGGUACUUUUCGUUUAUUUCCUAUCCUUUAUCCCAGUCAUUCUUUUAUAACCUGUAUUCGGGUGACCGCUACCCUUCUUGCAUGGUUCACUAGCUACCCUGUUUGCCUAACGGUACAGGCAGCCACCACUACCACUACCGUCGAUGAUGCAGAUUCCAGUGCUUUCACGUUCAUUUCGGCUUGGAACGCUAUAACCCCUUCAGACCCAUGCGAUGGGUGUGCUACGAAAUUAGAUUCAACCCAGGUUCUGGACGGGACUUGGCAUGAUGGAUCGGUAGCUGGGAGUACAGCGUCAUUCAAGUUUGAAGGUACGAUUUUCGACGAAUUUCUAUUUUCUUGUGGACAGUUUAGCCAAGCUCACUCGGUAUACAACCCAACUUAUCACUUAUCAGGUUCCGGUGUAACACUCUACGGUGUGACCAAUGCCGACCAAACGUGCGCCUUAACAUUCGUGCUAGACGGUGGUUCUCCAGUCAAUCUCGACCUCUCGUCAAUCCCUCAAUCUCCCACCAAAGUAUACAAUUAUCAGUUUUUCAGUGCAUCCGGGCUUGCGAGUGGUUCUCAUACUCUUUCGUGGACUAUCGAAACUAGUGUCUCUAAUGCUGUUGCAUUGAUUGACUACGCGAUAGUCACUUCCGAUGUUGCGAGUUCCUCCACCUCGACUACUUCGAGUAGUGGCUCAGAGAGUAGUCAAAGUCAAGCCGGCACCUCGACGUCAUCUACGUAAACUAGUUCGUUUUUCGACACGUCGUUUCUCCCACUUAUGUGUUUCACAGGUCUCAAGUAUCCUCUUUUCCCUCUUCCACACAGAUCAACCCGAUUUCCGGAACAUCUUUAUCCACGAGCAGCAACCUAUCACC